UGCGGUUUGUGCGAAGGGCUGGCUCCACAAAGUAUUUGUGUUGUGAAAAGUAGUCUUUGCGUAGCUAGAACAUGGUCGCUGACAAUAUAGUGGUCGUCGUUUGUGGGAUCUGAACCACGCAUGGAAUGGUUUGCUGCUGAAGGACUUAAUAGGCACGAGCUGAAGCUGCAUCUUUCGUUGAACAAUACACUUGUGGAACAAACAAGGCGGAUUGAAGCUGUACAGAUAGGUUGAUCAUAAGUAAAACGGGGAUUCUAGUUAUACACAUCGGUGGAUCAUAAACUAAAGGUUGGUUGUAGUUAUAAACAUCGGUGGAUCAUAAACUAAAGGUGGGUUGUAGUUAUGCACAUUGUUGGAUCAUAAACUAAAGGUGGGUUGUAGUUAUACACAUCGGUGGAUCAUAAACUAAAGCUUCUGUAUGUUGACGGACAGAUGACAUAGUUGACAUUGAAGUGUUCUCAGAGAGCCUCGAUCUUCACCUUUCUACGACUACCAAAACAUGUGGGCAGCGUUCAUUGUCACUGGCAUGUGCACGAGUAUCCUUGGCAGUGAUGUGGUCAAGGUUGGAGUGCUACUGCCCUCAAGUGGAAACUAUCCAUGGGUCAUUCAGAAAACACUACCAGCGCUACAGAUUGCCAUAGAGCAAUUAUCAAAGAGCACAGAUAUUUUACCGAACCAUCUACUUCAACUUGCUAUCAGAGAUAGUAAGUGUUCCGGAACAGAGGGGCCACUUGAAGCCAUAGACUUAUAUAAAACAAGCAACGCUCAUGUAUUUAUCGGGCCGGCCUGUGAUUAUGCUGUUGCGCCCGUGGCCCGAUUCAGCAAACGAUGGGGUAUACCUGUGGUGACCGCGGGAGCUUUGGUCAGUGCAUUCCACGAUAAAUCCGAGUAUAAGCUGUUGACACGAAUGAUAGGUCCCUACAACAAAGUAGGGGAAUUCGUCUUGAGCAUUCUAACACAUUUCAAGUGGCAACAUGUUGGCAUACUAUACCCGGAUCAUACAUACGGUCCAAAUAAAGGAAAGUCAAGCUGUUUCUUCCAAGCGGAAGCGGUUUACAUGGCACUGAAGAAAGCCUUUCCCGUCAGACCUUGGCAUAAAUCCUUCAGCCCCACACUCGGGGAUGACCAGCUGAAGGCUUUGCUCCAGGAAGCUAUAAACAACACAAGAGUUAUUUUGCUGUGUGCAUCCCCCGACACUGUGAGGAAUAUCAUGAUCCAGUUCGCCCAACUUGGGCUUGACAACGGCGAGUUUGUGGUCAUCAAUCUGGACAUGUUCUCAAAUUGGAAAAGCGGAAGCAGUAUACCUUGGUUCCGUGGAAGUGACACGACAGAGAGAAACACACAGGCAAAGAAGGCAUAUGAGUCUGUGAUGACAGUUACCCACCGGCACCCCGCCAGUGCUGAGUUCGCCACGUUCUCGAAGGAAGUGAGAAGAAGGGGGUCCAGCUUGUACCCAGACUACGUUUAUGACGAGGAGGAGGUAAACCUGUUUGUUGGCGCCUUCCACGAUGCUGUGUUUCUGUACGCUAUCUCGCUGCAUGAAACCCUUGAGUCUGGAGGGAACGUAACUGACGGUGUCGCCAUCACCAGCAGAAUGUGGAACCGGACAUUUCGAGGUAUCACGGGGACGGUGACAAUAGACAGCAAUGGAGACAGGGACAGCGACUACUCGCUGCUAGACCUCGACCCUAGCACCGGGAAACUGGAGGUUGUCUCAAACUACUUCGGGAAUAGGAAACGAUACGAACCGGUUGCCGGGAGAAUGAUUCACUGGGCUGGAGGAAAGACUUCUCCCCCACCAGACGUGCCUAAGUGUGGAUUUGAUGGAGCCAAAUGUCAACAGCCAGAAGAUCAAUCUGAUGAAGGAUUUCCACAGUACGGCAUCGUGAUUAUCGUACUGGGGUCCAUCCUGCUGCUGGUGCUGGUGGCCGCCCUCCUCAUCUACAGAUGGAAGUUCAGCAACUAUUACGCCAUGUCACAUUCCACGUGAUAGACAGACGUCACACCUAUAUAUCUCUGCAACUCAAAACAAUGUUAAAUUGAUACGUACUACUAAACCGUACAUUCUACAAAAUUGAUUAUGAAACAGUCAGGAUUAUCUUGUUCACACACAAUCUGCUAUAUAUCAUCUACACAACACAAAGUAUAUCAUUAUAAAACCUACUAUACACAAUUACACAACCUGCUAUACACAAUUACACAACCUGCUAUAUAUCAUUACACAACCUGCUACACAUCAUAACACAACCUGCUAUAUAUCAUUACACAACCUGCUGUAUAACAAUUACACAACCUGUUAUACAUCAUUACACAACCUCAUAUACAUGAUUACACAACCUGCUAUGUAUCAUUACACAACCUGCUAUACAUUCUAAGACAAGCUGCUAUAUAUCAUUACACAACCUGCUAAACACAAUUACACAACCUGCUAUACACAAUUACACAAACUCCUAUACACAAUUACACAACCUGCUAUACAUCAUUACACAAAUUGCUAUACACAAUUACACAACCUGCUAUACACAAUUACAGAAAUUACAGAAACUGCUAUAUAUCAUCAGACAACCUGUUAUACAU